AUGUCCAAGACACUCGUCAUCUUCGGCGCCACUGGCCAGCAGGGCGGCGCGGUGCUGGAUUUCGUGCUCAAAGAUAACGAGCUCUCUCAGCAGUACAGCAUCAGAGCUGUAACUCGAGACGUCAAGAGUGAGAAGGCGAAGCACUUGGCUGAAAAGGUCUCAGUUGUGCAGGGCGAUACAGCGGAUAAAUCCUCCCUCGAAAACGCCCUCCAUGGCGCACACACCGUCUUCGCUAUGACGACGCCAUCACUCGGUCCGAAUGCCUUCGAGGAGGAAUACAGCACCGCCAAGAGAAUUGCAGAUGUUGCGGUCGAGCAAGGCGUCCAAUAUUUCAUUUUCAGCACUCUGCCUUCGGUCAGCAAGAUCUCGAAUGGCAAGUACACCAACAUAGUGCCGUUCGACGCCAAAGCAGCAGCCGAAGAAUACAUUCGAGGCCUUCCAAUCAAGAGCUCCCAGACGUUCUUGGCUCCAAAGCAAAGCUCGGAUGGCACUUGGAUCCUCUCUCGCACGCAUUCCUCGCGAACUCGAUACCCGCUCAUCGCCAUGAAAGAAGAUGGAGGCAAGUUUGUGGGAGCUAUCCUCGCCGAGCCCGAGAAGUUUGAAGGAAAGAGAUUGUGUGCUGCCACGGCAUUUUACGACAUCGAGGAGAUCGUCGCUAGUCUGUCGAAGAGUUCAGGCAGGACUAUCAAACACAAGCAGGUUCCGGACGUCGAGUUCAUCAAGGAAACGCCUGUGAUGCCUGAUCUUUUCGCCGAGUACUUCCAUUACUGGGAUGAGUUCGGCUAUUUCGGUGAAGACAGCGAGAACUUGGUGGCUUGGGCAGCAGGUCAUGCGCGAGGGAAGUUGACGACUUUCGAUGAGUUCCUGGUGAAGCAUCCAUUCCGGCUGGAAUAG